CCAGACGUUCUUUUCCCACCAACCCCGUCCCUCCGCGUCUCCCGCCUCUCGCCAUUCGAGACCCCUCGCCUCCCCUCCCUCUCUUAAGAGACAGACUGAGGGAGAGCAGGAGAAGAAGGAACGAAUCCAGAACCCCCUGACAUCAGAGCUUUCGAGGGGGGGAGAGAGAGAGAGAGUGAGAGAGAGCUUCCUGCUUUGCUUUGCUUGUGACAUUUGAGCUUCUCUUCUUCUGUUAGAGUGUCUGAUGAUGGAGGGUUCAGCGUCAGCCUUCAGGCAGAGCAAGACCAUCAGCUCGCUGAACCCCUGGGUUCUCCAUCUCCAGAAGCUGGGUCUUGAGCUCAAGUGCCCCCUCUGCCUCGGGUUCUUUGAUCGACCCACGUUGCUUCCCUGCAACCAUAUUGUCUGCAAGGGCUGCUUGCCGAAUUCAGCUCAAUUCCCGCUGCCAUGUCCUCAGUGUCAAACACUUUGUUCCGUAUGCGAUCUUAGGCCGGCUCCUUACAUUGAAAACAUGGUUGCCAUAUAUAAAAGGAUGGAUAUGACUUUUCAUGCCAGCCUCUCAUGGAAUUCUUCAAUUGGUGCUGCGAGUGUUCCUGACAGCUGUAUGACUUCAGCUAAUCGGGAAGAUUCAAAAGAGCCAGUUCAAAUUGCUCGAGAUGGACAUGGAGAGGGCAAAGAACCUCCUAAGUUUUCUGGGGAAAUAAUGACAUCCGUUGGUUUUGGAAAUUCAAAUUCUCCACAGAGGCGUUUGAGGGCUGAAGAGAUAGUGGGUGGGAGAACUGUCGAGAUAGACAUGAAUCAUGUUGAGAAUACAUCUCUGGGAAGCCCGCCUUGCAGCGGUACCAGGAGUUUGGAUGAUGAGAGCAGUGACCAAGGCAGUGAUCAAACACCAGUUAAACAUUCUGCAACGAGAUCAGCUGGGCCAGUUUUCAGGAACAGACCAAGGACUGAGAGUGAUGAUGGCUCUAUUCUAAACACUGUUGGGCAUGUAAGAGAUUGCAAGAGGCAGAAGAAAAUGGACAAGGAGGGCGACUCGAGAUCUGCUGCAGGGGUUGACAACUAUAUUAGCGUUAAGGCUGGGUCCAGACAAGAAUCUUGUUCACCUUCUCCACAGUCAGCAGAUGAUACGAAGAAAUCCUCACCGAAUAUCUAUCUCUGUGCAUUUUGUUCAGCCUCAACUACAAGUGAGGCUUCUGGUGAAAUGCUGCAUUAUGUUAAUGGGCAGCCAGUGGAAGGCGAGCAGGUGGCUAAUCAAAAUGUUAUGCAUGUUCACAGGAAAUGCAUCGAGUGGGCUCCGCAAGUUUACUUUGAAGGCGAGAAAGUAAAAAAUCUAGAGAAGGAAGUGGCAAGGGGAGCAAAACUCAAGUGUGUGAGAUGUGGGCUCAAGGGAGCUGCUUUGGGAUGCUAUGUAAAAUCUUGUCGCAUGACCUACCAUGCUCCCUGCGCAGCUGAAGUUUCAGGUUGCCGGUGGGACUGUGAGGACUUUCUCAUGCUAUGCCCAGCCCAUGCGUCAGCCAAAUUUCCAAAUGAGAAGUUGAAGCUACGUAAUUCAAAACUUGCAUCUUCUGCCCUGCCCCAAAAAACGUCAGAUUCUCGGCAACCCGAAAAUUGGCAAGACUCCUAUAACAAGGCAAAAUCAUGGGCUUUAUGUGGAUCCUCUCUUUCUCCAGAAGACAAGUCACUCUUGCUGAAGUUUGCAAAGAUGAUCGGCGUGAGUGUGUCUAAGUUAUGGUCCCCCGAGGUAACACAUGUGGUUGCAGCCACAGAUGAGAAGGGUGCAUGCACUUGGACAUUCAAAGUUCUCAUGGCUAUUCUGCAUGGAAAAUGGGUACUCAAGAUUGAUUGGAUAAAGGCUUGCAUGGAAGCUAUGUGUCCAGUGGACGAGGAACCUUAUGAAGUCGGCUGUGAUAAUCAUGGCUCCUCCAACGGACCAAAACUCGGAAGACUGAGGACCCUUAAUAAUGAUCCCAAGCUCUUUGACAGGUUGAAGUUCUAUCUAGCAGGCAACUUCAUACCAGCUUUUGCGAGAGACCUCAGGAUUUUGAUCUGUGCUGGUGGUGGUGAGGUUCUGACGAGCAAAGAGGAACUAAUAGGGACAUGUGAUGACAGGGAAGCUUCGACAGAACUCAUCGUUUUCAAUCCUGAACCGCCAGAGGGAAUCCAGCUGGGAGAAGAAGUCUCAAUAUACUGGCAGAAAAUCAAUGAAGCAGAGGAGUUAGCUACGUCUUCGGGUUGCAAGGUCGUUACCCAUAUGUGGGUCUUGGAAUCGGUUGCAGCUUGUGAGCUGCUGCCUUUUGUUGAUCUCUCUAGUCAGUUUGCAGCUUAGUAUUGAGAAAAGGAAGGCUAGGGUUAGGGCAGUUUCUUGUUCUUGCACCUUGUAAUGUACAUUAGGUUUGGUAUUUCCUUUUUUAUAAAUAUCUUCAAUUUUUGAAGUGCUAAAAUUGUACCGAAGAACUUCUUCCUAAUGUAUGUAGGCUUUGUGCCAUUGCUUGA